AUGUUCCACCUGUUAAGCAACUUGAAAACAACCUACAAGAAACAUGCCAAGGAAUACAGUGUACCUUUCUUUGCUGCAGCAACUAUGUACACAGAAAAGAAAUUCGAAUACCAUAUGAAAGAGCUUGACAAAUUGGAUAAGCGAAUAAGGCCUUAUUUGCAAAAAAUUGGAUAUCAUAAAUGGUCAAGAUUCUACUCCAAAAACAAAAGGUACUCGGUAAUGACUUCCAAUAUUGUUGAGUCACUUAAUGCAGCCACCAUGGCAGCUAGAAAAGUACCUGCCACAACACUUUUGGAGUGUUUCUGUGGAUUACUCCAAGAUUGGACAUACACUAAUAGGAAACUAGCUCAAAAAACAAUGAGAAGAUUGACACCAGUUGCAGAACAAGCACUCACCAACAACUUUGUAUACUCUUUGAGAUUAACUGUAAAGCCAGCAAAUGAAUAUUUGUUUGAGGUAUUUAAAGAAGAUAAGUCAUGGAUUGGGAUGAACAUAGACCCCUAUGAUUAUUGUUCACAUUACUACACAACAAAAGUAUGGUUAGAAACAUACGAUGCAACUGUGUAUCCAGUAGGGAAACAACAACAUUGGGAAUUACUAGACUUUUUCAAAGAUAUCACAGUGUUGCCUCCAUUUGAAAGAGUGAAGGCUGGAAGACCAAAAAAAAGAAGAAUUAUAGCUGCUUGGGAAACUAAAAAGAAGAACAAGUGCAGCAAGUGUGGAUAA